AUGAAUUUCAGUCUUGGUGCGAUUCCAGGGGAAGAAGAGAUGCUCAAGCCUAUUAAAACAUUAUCACCAGACACUGCUCAGGGGCAAGAUGGGUUCACAGGGUAUUUUUACGUCCACUGUUGGGAUAUAAUUAGGAUAGUCUUUAUGGAGAUGCUUACAAGGUAUUUUCUUGGUGAUUAUCUAUCUAGAGGAAUGACUAUCACUCUUCUCUUUCUCCUGUCUAAGGUCGAAAACCCAGAGAAGCUCAAUCAAUUCCGUCCGAUCAGUUUGGAAAAUUUUGGUAGCAACCUGAUCUCCCGAAUCAUUCCCACAAGAAUGAGUGAGAUACUCCUGACAAUAGCUUCUGAAGAACAAACAUGUUUUAUUAAGAAGAGAAGAAUUCUCGUGUCCAUCGCAAUAGCUCAAGAGUUGGUGUCGGAUAUUGACCGGAAAGUGAAAGGCGGUAAUGUAAUUUUCAAGUUCGAUAUGUCCAAGGCCUACGACCGAUUGGAGGGGCGUUUCUUGAUCACAACCAUGCAAGUUUUGGGAUUUUCGCAUCAAGUCUUUGAUUGA